GGCGCGCCCACGCGGUGCGGCCCGGAGCCCUCGGUGGCCGUGCGCUCCGCCUUCUCCCCUCCACCCCAUCCCCAAGACCCUCUUCCCGAAGCCGAGCAUGGGUGCGCGCGCGUCCCAGGAGCCCCGGGUCCGGGUCGGCCUGCGACUGCUGCUGCUAUUUCUGCUCCUGGCAGUGAUGCUGCUGGCGCUGGUGGCCCCUGGCGCGCAGGGGGCUCGGGGCCGCGGGGCUGCGGAUAAGAACAGCCACCGGCGCUCGGCCAGCACCUUCUCGCAGAGCGUGAGCAGCCUGUUUGGAGAGGACAACGUGCGCGCGGCUCAGAAGUUACUGUCCAGGCUGACUGAGCGGUUCGUGCAGGGCGUGGACAUGUUCGUGGAGACAGUAGGGAAAGUUUGGAUGGAGCUCUUGGAAGUCCUUGGACUUGAUGUGUCCAACCUGUCACAGUACUUCAGCCCAGCCUCCGUGUCCAACAGUCCCACCCGGGCCCUGGUGCUGGUUGGUGUGGUCCUCCUGGCCUACUGGUUCUUGUCUCUGACCUUGGGUUUCACCUUUAGCCUCCUGCACCUGGUGUUUGGUCGCUUCUUCUGGCUCGUACGUGUCAUCCUGUUUUCCAUGUCCUGUGUGUAUAUUCUGCAUAAGUACGAGGGUGAGCCUGAGCACGCUGUGCUGCCGCUCUGCCUUGUCGUGGCCGUCUACUUUAUGACGGGGCCCAUGGGCUACUGGAGAGGCAGUCCCAGUGGCCUUGGCAGCCCCAGUGUAGAGGAGAAGCUGGAGCACCUGGAGAACCAGGUGAGAUUGCUCAACAUCCGCCUCAACAGGGUGCUGGAGAAUCUUGACCACUCCAAGGACAAGUGAAGGUCAGUUGCCCGGACAUCUAAGGGCACCAGCCAUAGUGAUGUCAAAAGACAACAGAAGAAGAAGAAGAAAAAAACAGCCGGCAGCCAAACCCCAAUCCUCCCAAUAAACCGAGCAAGAAUGCCACACCUGGUAUUUCCCACUGUGUGUCAACCUUAAGACCCACUGGAGGAGAAAGAACUUAUGUAGGAUAGAACUUAAUCAGAGUGUUGCUGGUGGGAAAAAUGUAUUUUUUGAACAAUGGAUAUACCCCUAUUAACUGUGUAGUCAGAGAAAUUUAUCUGCAUAGAAUAUAAAGUUGAUUUCCUCCCCAACAUUUAAAUCUUUUGUAAGGUUUUUAAAUAAAGGCAGAUCCAGUCAA